UCCACGCCUUAUGACGAAAGGGGAGUCGGCGUGGCGUAAAGUGAAGAUUGAGGGGAAUAGAGCCAAAUUCCCUUCUGGGGUAUUCCGAAGGUGUAACCUAGGCAACGAAAAAGGGGCCCGAUACUUCAACUAGAGGAGCGACCAGUUGGUUCACCAAACCCCGACCCAGCGUCACACCUUCUCCAGGUCCGAAGGGAUCCAGUGCCCAACUACCGACUCCUCCCGGAAUUGCAUUAUCGGAGCCGAGCCAGGAAUGGCCGUUAGUGGACACCGACCACUUUUCACCGGUUAGAGAGGCCCUCUUUAAUACAUGUUGCAAAGAUGUUCACAGGGGCCAGAAAGACUCGGUCAUAGGAACUUAGAUCACCUACGCGCUGGUAAAGGAAAAGCACCUCGACCGGAUCAGAGUAAACAACAAUGUCGAAUUAGGCCGCCCCUUGCCUUGAAAGAAUUCACACGCGGCCACCAGCUUUCCCAAAAAAGGGGGGGAUCCGCUGCUUACUGCUCACGGAAGGAAACAUCCGACCUAUACUAUAGUCGUCCGCCUAUCUUUCUGAUCUCCUUUCCUUCUAUUCAUCCAAUUUUUGGCUUUGACCUUUUCAAGGUGAAAAAAGGGCUUGAUGGUCUUGGCUAAAAAAGGGGGAGAGAGGAGAGCCUUGGGGUACGCUCAAAAGUGAAGUCAGUUAGUGGAGCCCGUUACCGUUAGUCAAGUGAUUCGCUCAGUAAACGAGUAGAAAAAAGCCUUCUUUCAAGUCAAGUGGAAGAAAAAGACAAUGCGCUUCCGGAGAACAGAAUCUAUCCUUUCGGCUCAAGGCUCAGUGCUCGGUAGGUCCUAGAUGAAAGGGUUAGUUGCGUUACGGGGGUCGAGGGCGACUUUCCAGAAUAGACCCAACAAGUCAGCCUUUCAAAAGUAGCCCUUCCACAAGCCAAGCUAGGGAUGGAGUUGGGGAAAAGGUACCAGGGAAGCAGUUCUUUGGCUAAUAUAGGUCCAGCUGAUCAGAGGGAGGCAGAGUGGAUUGAUGAAUGAACUCUUCCUUGCAGUCCUAUUCGCUCGUAGAAAUAGAACAGAGAGGGGCUCGGGUUAAACGAAACCGUUGUUAAUGCUUGUAGCUUGUGUGUCUGAGAUCCGUCUUCUGUUUGCGAUUGAAAGACCCCCUUACUUAAAACCUUUUUCUUUUUUCUAGGCAGAAUUCUCUGAUAAAAAAUAAGGCAGCUUUUGAGAUAGAGUCUUUACGGUUACAGUGGCAAGUGGAGAACAGAUCAAUCAGCUUUUAGCGGCUAGGCUAAGAGAAAUCAAUCUCUUCUUGUGCUUGUGCUGGCACCUUGGAUGAAAUCCUUGUUCUUUCUUUGUUCCAGUUUCUUUGCGGCUUAGCUUAGAGAAAAGGUUACUUAUCGUUCCUUACUUUCGGGUAGCGCGAGGAAAGCCCUACAAAAUAAGCCCUCAAAGUCUUUAAGUUAAGGAAGCCGAGUUGAACAGAAGAUAGAGUUUCAGUUCCAGUGAAAGCCCCUACUCCCAACAAGUUGGAAAGUGAAGUUCAAGUGCCGAAGUGCACUUGGGAAAAAGGAAAGCAGCUUGGCUUAGAGAGUAGCUUUGCAACUAGGCUUUACUUAGAGAAGAAAUCCGUCUUUCUUCCGUCACGGUAAGCGGGUUCUUUCUAGGACUGAUAGUUCAGUUCAAGCGUAUCAUAGAUCAAACUCUUUCAAGCCUUUUUUUUUUAAGUCAAGCUUGUUGCAAGUCUUAUGGUCCGAACAGAGUAAAGAGCCGGCACUCCCGGAAGCCUGUGGGGAAUGGGGAAGGAAGACCAGACAGAGCUUGAGCCUGAGAGAAGGAACGAAUAUCGCUAAAACCGAGACUCAGGUCAAGGAGAUCAGAUAGACGUGACUUUGUUUCCUCGUAUGGAGAACAAAUCCUAUCUCUUAUCUCUCUAGUUUCGGAACUCUUGGUAAGCUAAGUUUCUUUGAAUAUACCUUUAAAGUAAAUAAAGUAAAGACCUUUCUUUUACGCCAACUUAGUUAUGAAAGCGGAACCCGCUCGGAAACCAACUUGAUCGAUUCAGUCCUUGGAUUAGGUCCGGGUAGAGAACAGGUAAGGGCGGUAGCUUUUCACUUUAGCCGUUGUUAUUCAAGGCCUUACUCGUUUAAAGCUAUUUUGAUCCCCUCUUCUAGUUAGGGAGGCCGUAGAUGAAAGCCUCUUCAGUAAACUCUUUCCGCUUCCGCUUCUGAAUCUGGAUGGCGGCUUUGGUUGGAGAAGAGAGUGUUUCAGUUACGGUUUAGGGCUAGUGAGUUACUAUACGUUCGUGAAGGCAGACAGGCGCUCGUAGACAGAAAACCGUUUUCGCAGAGCGACUUAGAAAAAACCACUUCUUGUUUUGAAAAGCGCUGCGUACAGUUCUGGGGGUUGUAGAACAACUACUUCUUUGCCCUUCUUUUUCCGUUAGCCAGUAUCGAGACUCUAAGACUCCUUGCGCUUAGCCCACCGCAGGUGCUUUGAUAGAGAGUCACUUUCGGGUUGUAGGGCGCAAGGGGAUCUUGAAUCAAUUCCCUCUUUGCCAGUAGCUAGUUUAGAUAUGGCAAGCGGUUCGAGUCAAGUGUCAGUUAAAGAACCAAUUGUUGGCCAGAGUCACAAAUAUGAAGUAAACGACUUGACUUGCUCUUUCUUCCUCUUACUACUCCUUGCCUCUUCUGGAAAGUGACUUUGACCAAAUAAAGUAUCCUUCCGUAUAGGGGGCUCUCGCAGUAGUUGUUCUGUAAGGGCCUUCAUUAGCGUGAGAAGGCGGUGAAAGGGUAUUGAGCUAAGAAUGCAACUAUAGGGCAACUAGAGAAUGAGAGGGGCUCACUUGACAGAGUGCCGAGCAUUGUUCGUCGUGCUAGUUCCGCUACUCCAAUUCCAUAGGUAAACUAAACCUUCUUUCUCUUGCUUUCGGGCCUACGUCUCUCUUUCAAGGGUUCCACUUUCUUUGCUAGCUUUGGGCAAAGGAAAGCGAAUAUGUAGUUUGUAACACUCUUUUUCCUAUAGUGUUAGAGUCACGCACGACUGUGACCGCUCGUCAUGAAUCGCCUCCAUCGUCCUACAGUACUUGCUAAAAAAGAAGAUGAACAUUCGCUUUCUAGGUGACAAUUCUUCCCAUCUUCAAAUCCAAGGCCGGUUUUGGGUACAUUGAUCCCUUCGUCUCGUCACGACGGUUGCUAGCGAGCGAGUCUGUCCGGCUUAAAGGGGGGUGCCUUCUCAGCAACUCGUGUAAUGUCGUCCUAUGUUAUGUAUGAGGUGAUUGAUCUCUAUGGUUCUCGCCGAAGGUUAAACAAGCGUUAAGCUAUGCGAGGGUCUUUUAGAGAACAGUUCGUGGGGAUGAUACAACUCAUAGUCACUUUACAAUUAAAUCAGCUUGUUCAAUUUCAGUGAUGAUGCAAGGAAAGGAGACAGCGCGUAUCAAUGAUGUGCUCUAUCUACUAACUAAAGUAGAAGAGGAGUCUUUUUUCCGUAGCGAAGAUGGGGACUCAAGGUUGAGUUCGAAGAAAUGCCAGAUGUUGGACUGGAGAUCUCCACAAGAGCUUGAGGGGGCGUGAUAGAAUGUUGGCUACAUUACAUUAUAGGGCCCAAACUAUUACCGUGUGUAUAUAGCUGUCAUUCAUUGUAUCACUUUCUAUACUUGUACAGAUUUUUCAGGAUUGAGAUUUAUGGUGACAGGUGGGCGAGAGCGCUACUGUCACAAACAAAAAAGAGCCGAAAUCAGGCUGUCAGGUUGAUUGCGUUACGUUACAAUGUCUGAAGGUCUGAAGGGAAAAGGGUUUGAAUACUUUUUUACUUACAACAAACAUUCAGAAGAGAGGUUGAGUGCUCAGUUGCAGUGUCUUUGCAAAGUGAGCGGCAGUCGUUGGGAAAGGAGCUGGCAUGGUUUAUAACGACCCAUAGGCUUCGAGCAAGAGGGCCUUGAGACAUACUUGGCUGAAAAGGAUGGUGUUUGGCCCAGGAUCUCACUAGAACCUAUGCAUGUGCGAAGUUGCGAUGCUGUAGAGGCCGACGACGUGUCCUGGGGACACAUGGGCGUGGUGGUCCGUGCGAGAUUGCUGUCACCGCAACUACGGAAUAGACGCCAUGAUGCUUUGUUGUGGCAAAUGGGAUGAGUUUGGAUGUUAUGUCGGGUGUGGCGAUCCGAUCAACGAAAACCCAUCCUGAAAUGACGUAAGUGAUAGAAAGAAUCAUUCAGUAGGCUAAUCUUGACAGUUCCAUUGCCAAUCUAACGAAGUGCUCUUGGACGACUCUUUUAGAUUCCGUAAGUAAGUCAGUAAUUACUAGUUAACUUGUGAAUUUGUCAGCGACAUUCUCUCAAACUCGAUCUUGAAUGAAAUCAUGGAAUUCUCUCCCAGAGCUGCGGAACUAACGACUCUAUUAGAAAGUCGAAUUACCAACUUUUACCAAAGGCAAAUGCACUCAAGGGCCACCUCUGAGAGUGAGACAUUACGAUGGCAGCCAGUCUUCUGGAUUGGAUCAGCUAUUCUUGCAGCUUUUCUUGCUUUGGCGGGAGCAGCAUGGUUCUUGGAGUUGACGUAUUUGUUGUAUUUCAACCUAUUUGGGGCUCUAUAUGGGUUGUUAAUUUAUCUAUCUCUCUAUAUAGAGAUUAGGUGGCGGGUAUAUGAAAGAACGACAUUAGCUAUUAAUAACACUUGGCUUUUCCAAAAGAUGAAAAGUGCUUUCACACUAGACAGACAAGCUAUCAUUUUCUUUUUGCAGAUAGGUUACCUUCUAACGAGUUUUGGACUUUUUGUUUGGGCUUACAAACUCAUGUUUGUAAAAGUCGAAAAAGGGAAUUUAGUAAACCCCCUUCAAGUUAUCGCCCAACUUGCGGGUUUUUUAUUUUGGCGAUGCUCUGUCAGAGUAAGAUACCUUCUCCUUCUGUCUUUUUUCUUUAGCCUUUGCUGUAGUCUGCAUUUUCAAGGCAUAGAUAGGGAAGUCCUUUCUUUCACGCUACUUCUCUUUCUUAUUGUCAUAUUUUUAAUUCCUCUUGAUUAUGCCUAUUUUAUCGUCUUUUUGGGCUACUUCCUCGAUCAGGGGCUGGCGAAGUGGGGGUUCUACCUGGCUUUUCAACAAGCGGGGUACCACGCUCUCUCAUUCGUUUUUGAAAGAGGGCAAUCCAGUGCGACCUCUAAGAAACGUAUUUUAUCUUUUCUCUUUCUACUCCUUAUUCAAGCUUUUUUUGGGUUAAUCUAUUUUGGGGAUUUAUAUUUUGCAGAGCCUUUGAGGCUAGCCGCCCUGUUGUCGGGGGCCUGCAUAAUUUUAAUAAGCUCAGCGAAGCUGACCAUGUGGCCCUUUAUACUGACCAGCGGGUUCAAUUUAAUUCUAAGCCUUUUUAUCGGAAUAAUGUCAUCCCCUGGUGACAAAACAACUACCAUAUGGGGAAUCCCCCACGGAAUAAUCAUCUUUGUGUUAUUCCAUAUAGGGGCCUUUUUUGGCUUCUUUCUUUUCAGGGAAAGUAUCCCCGGAAGAAAGCAACCAUUAGUCCCCUUUUUUUUCGCCAGUCUUUUUCUAUUACUUGGCUCUUUUCCCGAACUUGCCUGGCUGAAAAAGUGGAUCGAGGGUAUAGACCUUCUUCUGUUGUUCUUGGGUCUUUUUUCUUUCAUUGAGGGAAAAGGGGUCGAGUCAAAGACAUCCGAAAACUUAGGUCUUGGGAAUGGUGCUAAUAAGGUGAAGGCUAAUAUCUCGCCGAAAGAAAGGUGAGAGGGGUGCCGAGAUUCUGGGCAGCGGGAUCUUCCCAUCAUGAUCGAUUAAAGGCAAAGUCGCACUGAGAUAUUGGUUCGAAUCCAAUUCAUGAUGCUAGUUCAGAAGGACUUUUCAUUCAAUCGAAGACAGACAUUGAAAACGUCUUUAGAGAACCAGCUAAACGCUUUCUUGCCUUCGGCCUUCUCUUAAGACUUUUGCUCAUACUACUCUAUGAAUGCACUAACAUUUCUCUCUGUCUAGUACUUCAAGUAGUACGUCGAAAGCCGUCGUCGUGAGAAAGAAUAUGAGAGCAACGGAAGACCCUGAGAUACUUACCCUCCAGGGAACCCGUGCUGGAGCAAUGUAACAGGAUUAUAGAAAGGAUAUAUUUCCACUUGGUUGAAAGAGUGAGGUAUUAGAACUAGUAGCUCUCUCUUUCUUACUUCAGAGUAGGUAAACCUGAGUGAACUCAUA